AAAGUUUGAUCCGCCUAAUAAGAAAUUAGAUUAAUUAUUAUUUUUUCUUUUCCUUUUUCAAACAUUCCUUCGACAUUCUCCAUUUUCCCGAGCUCCAUCGCCGCCCUCUAUCACGUCGUUCCAGCUGCUCUUCUUUUAUAUAUCCGCGAUAUCGAAGGCGUAAUUUCUUUGAAUUCUGGGUUCUUUUCUCCCCUUUUUUCUUCCUUAGUUCUGUAUAGCUGGGGAAAAAGAAAAAAAAAGGAGAAAAUAAUGAAGAAGAAAAACAAUGGGAUGGUUUCUGUUACUUGGAUUCCCAUUUUCUCCAUAUGUUUCUUCUUCAUCGGCAUGGGUUUCACCAACAAAUUCUGGGGUCCUUUGGAAUCCAAUAAUCUUCUAAUAACCCAGCAAAGACGGGACCAGGAGCUGCAGAUCGUCUCCGAGGACUGCAAUACCAAGAAAAAGAAAGCGGCAGAUCAAGACAAGGAUGUAAUGAAAGAGGUGUACAAAACCCAUGAAGCAAUCCAGUCAUUGGACAAGUCAAUUUCAAUGCUCCAAAUGGAGUUAUCUGCUUCUAGAAGUGUGCAGGCCAAAGGGAAAAAUGAUGGGUCGUCUCCAGUUUCUAACGAGGGGCCUCCAAGAAAGAAAGCAUUUAUGGUAAUUGGUAUAAAUACAGCUUUUAGCAGUAGAAAGAGGCGUGAUUCUGUCCGAGAGACUUGGAUGCCUCAAGGCCAGCAGCUUCGUAAGCUGGAGGAAGAGAAAGGGAUUGUAGUGAGAUUUAUGAUUGGACAUAGUGCAACAUCUAACAGCAUAUUGGAUAAAGCUCUCGAUUCUGAAGAAGCUCAACACCAAGACUUUCUCAGACUGGAUCAUAUCGAAGGUUAUCACGAACUAUCCGCAAAGACAAAAACUUUCUUUGCCACAGCUGUUGCCAGGUGGGAUGCUGACUUUUACGUCAAAGUUGAUGAUGAUGUUCAUGUUAAUCUGGGUACAUUAGCUGCAACUCUUGCCCGUCAUCGUUCAAAACCCAGAAUUUACAUCGGUUGUAUGAAAUCUGGACCAGUUCUAGCUCAAAAGAAUGUUAAGUAUCACGAACCAGAGUACUGGAAAUUUGGAGAAGAUGGAAAUAAGUAUUUCAGGCAUGCGACCGGACAAAUAUAUGCAAUUUCCAAAGAUUUAGCCACCUACAUCUCAAUUAAUCAGCCCAUUUUGCACAAGUAUGCCAAUGAAGAUGUGUCUCUUGGCGCUUGGUUUAUCGGUCUUGAAGUUGAGCACAUUGAUGACCGCAAUAUGUGCUGCAGUACUCCACCUGAUUGCGAGUGGAAGGCACAGGCUGGCAACGUAUGCAUUGCGUCUUUUGACUGGAGCUGCAGUGGAAUCUGCAAAUCUGUGGAGAAGAUGAAAUUCGUACACGAACAUUGUGGGGAAGGGGAAGAGGCUCUUUGGAAUGCCUUACUAUAAUAAUAAUAAUAAUUAAAAAUUUCUACAUAAGAGAAAAUCAUAAAACUCUCCCCUUUUCAGCGUUCAGAUUCAAAGCACACGAUGAAGAUUGGGUUGUGAGGGUUUUCUAGACUUUAUUGAUGCUAGCCAACUCUUUUGAAUGAUUUUGUAUGAAUGCUGGAAGUUAUGCCUGAGCAGAUGCCUUUUGUCCUAACUGAAAUCGUUCUUCGUAUAGAGAAGGUUGGAUACAUGUACACAUAUACUAGAGAUACUGGAUUAUGAUUUUUGGCAGCAAUAGGAACACACAUUUUAGCCUUCUUUUGAUUGAUAUUCUAAACAGUUCAAAUUUUCUCCGCCGUUUGUGAUUUUUUCCUU